AUGCACCGCGGAAUAAACACCCCUUCUGGUCCGCCCUUGACCGAGGGCCAGAGGGAAACUUUGAAGCAGUUCUUGGAUAUUGCUGCCACGAGAACAAGCACUGCUGUGGAGUAUUUGAGAAAGACCAAAUUCGAUUUAGGACGAGCUAUUAACAUGUACUACAUGGAUGAGAACAAGGGCAACAAGGCCCUCACAGCUCCACUGACCAAAAUUUUCGAGAGCUACCGAGACCCCGACGCUGACGAGGAGGACCAAUUCGGCAUCGAUGGCGCAAUGAAAUACUUCCACGACCUUGAAGUUCAACUGGACGAAAUCGUCGUGCUCGGUGUCGCGGAGCUAUGCCAGUGCCCAGCCAUGGGCGAGUUCACCAAGGAAGGAUUCAUGAACGGCUGGAAACUCGUUAGCUGCUCCACCCUUUCGCAAAUGAGAAAUCACAUCCAGACCCUUCGCAAAGAAAUCCCCGAAAAUCCCACUGUCUUUCGCCGCGUUUACCGAUACUCCUUCCUCCUCUCCCGACUACAAGGCCAACGCGGCGUACAAUUCGAAAUUGCCGCCGAGCAAUGGCGCCUUUUCUUCGACGAAGCAUCCGGCGGUAUCAAGGGAAACACAGAGACUUCACCGUGGCUGGACUGGUGGCUUGAGUACAUGGAGAAACGGGGCACAAAAGUCGUCAGCAAAGAUCUGUGGGAGCAGCUUGAAGUGUUCUUGCGGAAAGCUCUUGAAGAUGAGAACCUUGACUUCUGGGAUGCCGAUGCGGCGUGGCCUGGCCUUAUUGAUGAGUUUGUGGAUUUUGUCAAGGAGAAGAGAGGGGGUACCCUUAAAGUUGGAUCG